UUCACGCCGUGCUCGUGGAAGUCGGCUUCUGCGUAACAGAACCGGGCUUCUAUAUUGUCGGGCCGGAAGGGCUUAAUAUUUUAAGUUGAAACUCAGAAGCUGUUCUGGCAGCAAUAUGCUAUUAGGAACACCAUUCUUUUCAUUUCUCUGUCACUGAUUUUGUUUAAGUUGACCUCAAAGGCUAAGCGCGGUUUCGGUCCCGGCAUUAGCUAAUGUCGGUAAACAGGAAGAACAGGAUUGUCCAAGUCACUAAUGUGUCGCCAUCCGCGACAUCCGAACAGUUACGCACAUUGUUUGGUCAUGUUGGAGUCUUGGAGGAAGUUGUAGUUUAUCCACCGGACGAUAAGGAAGAGUUGGCCAGCAAGGUUUGCUAUAUACGCUACCAAGAACCUAUAAAUGCUGAAGUUGCGCUGCAUCUGAACAAUACUGUCUUCCUCGACAGGGCGCUGAUAGUCCUUCCAUUAUCGGGUGACCGCGAUGCUAUCCCAGAUGAAAAGUAUGCCAAUCUUGUUAGAGCACCUCCAAAUACCGCUGCUGGCGUUCUCCCACGCACUGCUGAUUGGCCUCUUGAUGUUAUUAGCAUGGUAGUCGGUCGUCCUGGUGAGCAGGUGAUACACACUAUGGAGCCUCGUCUUUCCAGUCUGGCAUUCCCCCUGUACCCGCCACUUCCUGCCACUACUGACGGCAGUCGCAUAGAAGAAAUUCGAAGAACAAUUUUGGUUACGAAUCUUGAUCCAAAGACAACAGGUGAUCAGGUACUAGAGUUCUUCAACAAACAUGCCGAAGUACGCUGUGUACGGAUGGCGGGGACCGACUUUGACCGAGCUGCUUAUGUCGAGUUCACUCAACAACCGUCAAUUAUUAAGGCUUUCGGUCUAAUGGGGGCCACACUGAACGGCCGCCAGGUUUGUAACUCUUUAUAAUUAAUUUGUUACAGAUAAUGGUACAACACUCCAACUGUGCGAUUAUUAAACCUGCCAACAAUGUUGCUAUGCUUGAUGAGACAUCAAAACGCUCAGUCACAAACGAACAAGCUUCAAGUGUUGGUGGUCACAGUAGCAAACACAGUGAUCGAAGGCGCUCACGUUCCCGAUCCCGUGCUCGACGUUCUCGAUCCAGACGCAGGUCAACUUCAAGAAGAUAUCGUAGUCGGUCUAGAGAUAGGAGACGCUCCCAUUCUCGUCACAGUCGAGAUAGAAGACGGUCUCCAACGCAGUCACGCUCCAGGUCUCGCGGACAUCGCCACCGCACACGUUCGCGAAGCAAGGAUUACCGGAGAAGUGAUCAUACUAGGUCAAGGUCUCACAAUCGCAAAAAGCAUCGGCAUUCUCGUUCGCACUCAAGUCGUCGAUACUCACGUAGUCGAUCUAAAGGUCACCGAGGCGACCAUCGUGACCGGCAAAACAGAAACACCCGUGAAAGGGAUCGGACAGGGGACCGCGAUAGGGAUCGUGAAAAAAUCCGAGAAAGAGGACGUGAAAAAGAACGGGAGCGAAAUCGUGGACCUGAUCGCAGAGAUCGUGAAAAAUAUCGUCACUGUGAAAGAGAAUCUGAUGACAGACGGGAUUGCAAGCCGAAAAAACAUCGAGAUGUUCCAGCGAAGCAAAGUCACAGCAACGGAUCAGUUCGACAAGAAAAGAGAGAAAAGAAUUCAGAAAUUAACAACCGUCCGAGUUCAAUUUUGGAUGAGGUUCCAUCCUCAAAGAAAAACAAACAUACGGACAGUAUCAGCAGUUGCAGCGACAUUGAAGAUGACAAUAGUAAGAUAUGUCCUGCUGAUAGUAUGGAGAAUGGAAAGACUCAAAGUGAUGACGACACUCAGUCUAGUAAUGAGCAACCACCUAAACCUACAGUUGUGGGUGUGAAGCUAGCAGGCCCUGAAGAUAUGGACCAUUUAUCUCCCGAGAACGUACAAUCAGAGUUACCCCUCAUUUCACACAUUUCACCUGAAAGCGACUCAUCUGGUGAAGCUAUGGACACAGAGGCAUAAUUUAUCCAUUGAAUACCUUAAUUUUACUAACCAAUGUAUCAUAUGUAACCUUC